AUGCCCCAAAGCCAUCACUCCCACUCCGGCCAGUUUUGCAAACAUGCCGCCGGCACGCUCGAGGACGUCGUGCUCGAAGCCAUCCGACAAGGCUUGGACACAUUUGGCCUCACAGAGCACGUCCCACGCUAUCGGCCCCAGGAUCUAUAUCCAGAAGAGGAGGGCAUGUCCCUCGACACCCUACGCGCCCAGUUCGAUGCUUUCCUAGCGGAGGCGCACAGGCUCCGGGCCAAAUACGCUGACCAGAUCACCCUGCUGGUCGGUCUCGAGACCGAGUUCAUCACCCAGACCGACAUGGACGAACUCGAGGCGCUCCUCGGCGCGUCCGGCGACCGCGUCGAGUACCUCGUCGGCUCCGUACACCACGUCCGCGGCAUCCCCAUCGAUUUCGACCAGGACACAUUCCUUAAAUCUCUUGACAGCUUUCGCUCCCCCGCCUCCGCCGCGCUCGCACAUUCAACACCAGCCACGCCGUCAGAAGAGCACGACACGAUGGAAGCCUUCCUCUGCGCCUACUUCGACGCCCAGCACGAGCUGAUGCGCCGCUUCCACCCCGAAAUCAUUGGCCAUUUCGAUCUCUGCAGACUCUACCGUCCCACACUCCGCUUCGCCGACUACCCCGCCGCCCUCGCACUCAUCCGGCGGAACGUGCGCUUCGCCGCCACGUACGGCGCCCUCUUCGAGCUCAACGCUGCCGCGUUCCGUAAGGGCUGGGAUUCCCCAUAUCCCGGAACCGAAGUCGUCGAGAUCAUCCUUCAGGAAGGCGGUCACUUCGCGCUGUCGGACGACAGUCACGGGCCACACGCGGUGGGGCUGAAUUACCACCAGAUACCGGAGUACGCGCGGCGGGUGGGCAUCACAGAGUUGUGGGCGCUGGAGCGGCAGCCCGACGCAAGUCUGAAUGCAGCGGGGCGGCGGCUUGUCCCGCGCAGGAUUACGAGUCUGUGGGAGCAUCCCUUCUGGACACGGGAGAGAGGAACGAGCGUAUGA